AUGGCUGACGCACCAAGAGGAGGUGCUGCUCGUGGAGGUGGAUUCGGUUCCCGAGGCGACCGUGGAGGAGACCGCGGUGACAGAGGCCGUGGACGGGGAAGACGUGGACCUCGUCGCGGUGCCAACAAGAACGAGGAGAAGGAGUGGCAGCCAGUUACCAAGCUUGGCCGUCUCGUUAAGGAUGGAAAGAUCAAGUCGAUGGAGGAGAUCUACCUGCAUUCCCUGCCCAUCAAGGAGUACCAAAUUGUGGAUUUCUUCUUGCCCAAGCUGAAGGAUGAGGUUAUGAAGAUCAAGCCUGUCCAGAAGCAAACUCGUGCCGGUCAGCGUACCCGUUUCAAGGCCAUCGUUGUCAUUGGUGAUUCCGAGGGUCACGUUGGUCUCGGUAUCAAGACCUCCAAGGAAGUCGCAACUGCUAUCCGUGCUGCCAUCAUCAUCGCCAAGCUGAGCGUUCUGCCAAUUCGAAGAGGUUACUGGGGCACAAAUCUGGGUCUUCCUCACUCCCUGCCAACGAAGGAGAGCGGCAAGUGCGGUUCCGUCUCCGUUCGUCUCAUUCCUGCUCCCCGUGGUACCGGUCUCGUCGCCUCCCCCGCCGUCAAGCGUCUUCUCCAACUUGCCGGUGUCGAUGACAUCUACACUUCCUCCGCCGGUUCUACCAAGACUCUCGAGAACACCCUCAAGGCUACCUUCGUGGCUGUCGGGAACACAUAUGGAUACUUGACUCCCAACCUGUGGAAGGAGACCAAGCUCAUCCGGAGUCCUCUGGAGGAAUUCGGUGAUGUUCUACGUGCUGGCAAGAAGUACUAA